UGCUUAUUUUAAUUUUCUGUAUCGUUUGUGGAAUAAUUUGUAAGAGGGAAAAAAUUGCUCUGUUAAUCAAGUCCCUAGCUUUAAUCUUGAAUUCAAGUUUAUGAACUAAUUUAAUAAACGACACAAUGCCCUUAUGUGGCUUCCAACGGCUUGUCGUUCAUGCGGUGUUUCAAGUUUCAACGUCGAAGUAAAGCCACGCCACGGCUCCUCGCAGAUUACACAGAAGAAGAUGUUAGGGCUGAGAUGGUUCUCACAAGCAAUUUCCUUGAGAAAAAUCCACAAAACGCUACCGAUUGAUUGUUUAGGCAAGACAAUCAAACCUCUUCCAACUCGAAAUCUUACCUUUUUUUUCUUAUCUAAUCUCCCCUCUUCCCCAAAACCCAUUUCUAAUAUUCACCAUAAUCGAAAAUUUUCUGCUACUCCUACACCUAUUACUACAUCUUCAAUUGAAUCUCCCCUUUCAGUUUUUGAGGAUGAUUUAGUGAGUUAUGUUCUGGGCAAAAAAAAGGCAACGGAAGCAGCCCAUCUAGUGUGGAAGCAUGUCGUCCAGAAAGGGGACACAGUAAUAGAUGCUACUUGUGGCAAUGGGUAUGACACCUUAGCCGUUCUUAAAAUGGUGGCUGAUGAAUCAGGCAGUGGUCGUGUUUAUGGAAUGGAUAUCCAGAGAGAUGCUGUAGAGAGGACUUCUUCUUUUCUGGAUGAAAAUGUUACGCCUAAGGAGAAAGAACUUGUCAAGCUCUUUUCCAUCUGUCACAGUAGAAUGGAAGAAAUUAUUCCAGAAAAUAGCCCUGCAAGGCUUGUUGCAUUCAACUUGGGCUACCUUCCAGGAGGUGACAAAGCUAUAACAACAGUUCCAGAAACAACCCUGUUGGCAUUAGAGGCUGCAAAGAGGGUCUUAGUGCCUGGAGGGCUCAUCAGUUUAGUUGUUUAUGUAGGGCACCCUGGUGGAAGGGAAGAAUUGGAGACAGUUGAAACUUUUGCUUCUGGUUUAUCAGUUGAUGAUUGGAUUUGUUGCAAGUUUCAAAUGUUAAACCGGCCUUUAGCACCAGUUUUAGUAUUCUUAUUCAAGAGGUGAAAUCACAGUGAUGUUACUGCUAGGGAAUAGUUUUUGUCAAAUGGGAGCUUUUGUCUUUGGUAUGGAUCACCAUCGACGUUUUUUUUUCCCUCCCUUUGUUCCCCUCCUCUUGAUUUGCAUUCCAACCGUAUGAACGACUUGCAAAUUACAAACGUCAUUUGUAUUUUUGGUUAAUUGAGAAAGUGAGUAGAGUGAUUUUGUUCCUAUUGCUUAAUGAAUUUUCUCAGUUGUUCUACUUGUACAUUAUCUUGUAAAAAGGUAUUACUACUGCUAUUGGGGUGAUCUCAGGAAUAAAUAAAUGGAUGAUU